GUUUUUGUGAAACUUGGCAUGCUAAUAAUAUGCACAAACUGUUGAAAAACCUAAACAUAAAAUUGUCCAUGUUGAAUUGCCAAUAAAUAAGUGAUGCUUAAAAAUAAAAAUGUCAAUGCUAGCUAUUGAAGACUUCAUUCCACGUCAGUUCUGGGGCCCCCGUGAGCCAGGUUACCCUCUGCGUAUCCAAGCCCCAGUUCCUUAUGUGUUUGUCGGCUACGUACGCAAGAACUAUCUCGGACCUCAGGCAAAACGUUCUCCUGGGCCUGAUCCGGACCAACUCGGCUGUUGUCAAGAACUGUGCUAUAUUCUCAAUGGAGAGUAUAACAAUAAGUUGCCAGACAUUCGGUUCAAUUUCAUGAUAUGCGGUAGCAGUUCCCCUGAGAUCUACGAGGGCCGAGGAUGGACACGCCAGCCGACUCUGCCUCUCAAGUACCAGCGACUCAACAGCAAGUCUUGGUACAUCGGCAUCAUUGGCGACUAUUCCGAAACUGAUGCACCCCCGGCUGUAUUCGAGAGAAUUGACACCCUUUUAUCGUAUGCUAUGGAAAAUGACUACUUGACAAAACAAUAUACCAGGGUGGACCUAGCUAACCCCUUCAAGAGAAAAGAAAGAGAAAUUGUCCCACAGAAUUAUAUCAGCAGUAUAUAUUUAUAAGUUGGUAUUAUUUACU